AUGAACCCUUCUGCUGAAGAAGUUGUGAAUCUGGAUGAUCUGUCUGACAAUGAUCUUAUCACUACUGUAAUGCCUGGAAUUGCUAAGAGACUUUGGUCUAGAAAAGGAAAAUUUGUGGACAUCUCCCCUAUGAAGAGAUAUGAGAUAAAGAAACUCUCUGCCAGAGUGCCUGAUGCCCCUCUUGACAACAUUUCGUUUCACUCUGUAGACAGUGUUGAGCAAUGGAAAUAUGUUUACCAAAGGAGGAUUGCCCUUGAAAGAGAAUUGGGAAAAUAUGCUUUUGAGUGUCAUGAGAUUAUGGAGAUGAUUUCUUAUGCUGGUUUAAUGAAGACUAUAACUAGAUUUGCUAAAUGCUAUGAGGAUAUUGUGAAGGAGUUCAUUGUUAAUAUUCCUGUGGAUUGCGCUGACCUAGAAGAAGAGAGUUUAGGAAAGUUUAUGCUAGAGGUAGAUGUGUUGAAUUCUCACCUGCUAUCAUCAAUUGAUAUCUGGAAAAAAGUGAAGAUGAACAAGGUGAAUACAUGGCCUGUGAAGGACAAGCUCCCAGCUAGUAAAUUGAGUGUCAAAUAUGCCAUCCUACAUAGAAUUGGAGCUGCAAAUUGGGUCCCUACCAAUAACUCUUCAGUUAUCUCGGUUAGUUUAGGAAAAUUUAUUUAUGCAGUUGGAAGCAAGAAGGCUUUUGAUUACGGUGCCUACAUUUUUUAUCAAACUGUGAAGCAUGCUGACACAUGUGCAGUAAAGAUGCAUAUUUCCUUUCCUACUCUCAUUUGUUGUACUAUCCUCAAUCAACAUCCUUGGAUUCUUCUUAGUACUGAUGUAAUAUCCAAAAGGGAGUCUGUUUUGUCCCUUCAUUUUAAACUGUUUACACGUAAGCAUGUCCUUAACAUUGCCAUGACAUCUACAUAUGUUGAUAACAAGACCUCAACCAAGGCUGAAAUGAUUUUUGAACUAGUGGAGGUUUGCAAAGAACUUGAUGAAGCUAUCAAUGUUAUCUCAACAAGGAAGCUUAAGUUUGAAAAGAUGAUCAAGGAUCUGAAGAAGGUUGACAGUGUUGGUGAGGAAGUGGGUUAUGAAGUAAGAAAUUCUGAUGAUGAGGAGGGAAGUUCUGAUGCUGCUGGGACUGCUGGUCUUGAAGACAGUUAG